AUGGAUGUCGAAUGUGCAGUUUUGGAGUCCAUUGAAGAUCGCUCGACUGGUGGUGACUCAUCAGAAUUUCAACUUUCUGACAAUGAAGGCACUGCACCGACUCAGAAACUUACUUCUGACGCGAAGACUCGGAGUAUCGCCUUGCUCAUUAAAACAGAAAGCGGAAAGGUGAAAUUACUUGAUCAGAACUUAGAGACUCAUAGAGUUCUUCAGUCCACAAUUGUGGAAGUCAAGUGCCACCUUUAUUUCGCCAACGGCUAUCCUGAACUGGUCGACAAGAACCAAGUCGCACUGCAAGCAUUGAUAGUAGUCGCCAAAAAACGUGGUGCACAUUCAAUCAAAGAACAUCUUCAAUCAGACAAACGGUAUGCGUCACAACUCAGUAGCUUGGUGGAUGCUCGUGUUCCAAUAUUGCGCCGUGAGCUGAAGGAAGAUGCAUGUGCACAUGCCGAUGGUUACUUUCGCCUUGGACACACUGAUACUGGGAAAGCUGCAGUGAGAAGGCUAUUGGAUAAGUUUGCAUAUAUAUACACCUUGAAGUUUGAUAUCAAUAAUGAGGCUUCGCCCAUUGGAAAGAAGCCCUACCACGGUGAACUCUUAAUUUUCCUAAUAUAUCGGCAGCUCUUUCAUAGCUCGAAAUCCAUUGCCAUCAAAUUUGCGGAACACUUCGUCGAAAUCACCAACAACAAAGGCCAGCACCCCAAAGUCCCUAUCCCUUUGCUGGCAUUGGUUGCAACUGCGGUGUAUGCAGCCCUUCUGUGGAAGUUGCAAGGUUCAUCAUCGAAAUUCAACUUUACAGGAAAUUUAUUCAGCGAGACAUACAACUACCAUGUCAGGUUCCUGGAAAACCUGAAGAAGGACGCACCUGCAAAAUUCCACUGUAUGAUGGCCAACAUCUAUGAGGCUGCACAGAAGUUGCAAUACAGCUGCGCCACUGCCGGUGGCCAUGCUGCUGAGCUCGAAGCAUUUGAGUUACUUGACCUCAACAAUAUGGAAGAAGACUGA